UCAACUGUUUACGCGGGAGAGAUCAGCAGGCAGGUCAAUCUAACCUCGAAUACGUGCCUGAUCGAACGCGGUACGUGUUCGUCUAAAUUUUGUAUUUUCGAUAACAUGGAGCUCUUCGAGGAUCCUAUUUUUAAAACUAGAUACUUGAAGAAUAAGCUGCGUGUGAAACAAUGGGAGAGCGAUUUUAUGGAAAAAUACGGACGCAAACCUAACAAGAACGAUAUAAAAGUAGCAGAUGUAUCUAUCAAGGAGGCGUACAAGAUGUAUUGGAAACUGAAAACACGGGCGCUCGAAGAAACUCUUACGGACAUUACUUUCUGCGAUGAUAUGCAAGACAAUAUCACGAAUAAAUCACCUCGAAAGCUGGGAACCAAUCAGAAGAAUCUGAGCCCAGAAAAAGCCGCAAAAGACACAGAGAACAUAGAUCCUCACAAUAGCAAAUGUUCGACAGAAAUUGAAGGUUCCUUCAACCAGGUAAAUUCAAUGAACAUUGAAGGAGCCUGGGGCAGCCAUCUGAGCAAGAAUAAAGAACAGGCGUCAAAGAAGAAGCCAGCCCUGCUGAUUGGUAGAUCCUCCUCCUUCCAACUAUCCAGGAACAAGUUUGAGAGUUCGACGUUUACUAAGCGAAACCCGAGAAAAUCGUUGUCAUCGGCCAAAAUAAGGAACAAAUCCGAGAAUAGUAUCCUAAGCAGGUCGAGCGUCGACCGGUUGGAUGCAGACAGCAAGGAUGGCUUUGAUGUGGUGGGUGAUGAGACAAAGCCUAUAUUUGGCGAAUCAAUGAAGGUGACAUUUGAGAAAAACAAGCCCGUCGUGCCACACUCCAUUAAUGCUGUCCAACAACUGGCCGACGGCCAUGUAACUAGCGUAAGCCGUAAUUUGAAUCCAGGCUGGCUGGAUCGAUGCGCGAGAGACAGUAAUUUGGAAGUGAUGACGAUCAACCCUCAGAGGCUGUCGGGCACUAGUGAUUCUGGAAUAGAGUCCAUGGAAUCUAGCAUUUAUUCUCCGAAGGACUUGGCGCCCACUGUGCAUUCCGCCUCGUCGCUCCAGGUCUCUCUUUCUGAUGAGGAAGAUUUCAUAUGUAAUAGUGAGUCUGAGGAAGAGCACAAGAAUAAUAAACGCAUCAGAAACUUCAAAAAACGACUGAGCGAUGAAGACGGUCGUCCCGCAAAACGACGAUGUAUUCGUAUCGAUUCCGAUUCUACAAUCACUGGAUCUAAUGACAUCAAUAGCGAUACAUUUAAGCUGACUUCCUAUGCCGAUAGGAGUUUUAAUUUAUUGCAUAGAGAUAAGUGUAGUAAAAACGAAAUUGACAAUGAUAAUGACAAAUGUAAAUUGACUAAUGAUGUUGAUACAAGCACGAAUAUAGUAAACGAAUCAAUUAAGACUAAAAAAGAUACAAUUACUUUAGGUUCUUAUAUUGAAUCAAUUGAUGAUAAUGAAAAAAAAUCCAACGCAAGAAGGAAAUCUUCCAGAAAAAAAUCAAACUUAGAGGAAGACAAAGAACAAAGUUCAGACUCGGAAAAAAAGAAGAUUCCGAUAUACGGCGUAGAAGCGUUGCAAACGGUUCCUCGCUUUGAGAUCAAACCAACUGGAACUGGCAAUCUCGUCGCGCAGUUUUCCGAAUCUAUUUGCAUCAACGCGGAGAAGGAUGGCCCGAUAUCCUCAACAGCAAGCACGAAAUUAUCCGCAAAGGAGAAGCUGGAGAAGAAAAUGGCUGCCGGGACGAUGAACGAUAAUUUCGUCAGGAUAAAUUUGAAGAAAAAAGUAUUUGUGCGCGGUAAGAAGAGCUUUAAUUUGGCCAAACAUAAGAGGAAUCAGUGGAAACAGAGGAAGAAGGAGUUGGCAUCUAGUGAGAGCAAUCUGGACGCGGCCGACUUGAUUGAUAAAAAUGGCACGACGUGCUUCAAAUGUGGCGAGUCCGGGCAUUUUGCUAGGAACUGUCCAGCUUCCAGGGGCGACGAUCUUAUACCUUUGGAAGAAGUCGACGACUCGUCGAACUUUCCGACUCUGGAGGAAGCCGAAAAGAUGGCGAAUGAGAAUGCCAUUGUCGCUCACAGUCACAAAAUUGAGCGACUUCCCGAGAGACCAUCCUAUUCUACCACGAAGACUUUGCAGGACGAAGAAGACAUGACGAAAUUACUCAGCGAUGACUUUGCGGAUUUCGAUGAGAAGAGUGAUGAUACAUUAACUGUAGGGCACAAAGUGCCACAGGAAUUGGUGUCCAGAUUAUUGCUGCCUCAAAUGGAAGCGAUUGAUCCGUUGUACGCUGCGAAUGAAGAUGGUAGUCUAAUCGAAACUCCCAUGGAAAUCUUCGAGGCGUUACGCAUGUUUGGUCACGAAAGCUUCAGAGCUGGCCAAGAAAAGGCAGUGAUGAGAAUCCUGUCUGGCCAAUCUACCCUGGUGACGCUAUCGACUGGCUCUGGGAAGUCUCUGUGUUAUCAAUUACCGGCGUAUUUGUACGCUCGACGUUCUGGUUGUAUCACUCUAGUAAUUUCGCCUUUAGUGUCCCUGAUGGACGACCAAGUGACGGGCGUACCUCAGUUUCUGUCUGCUGCAUGCCUGCAUACUAGCCAGACGCCGAAAGUAAGGGAACAAGUGAUGCAAUCGGUGAAAGAUGGCAAAGUAAAUAUCCUCCUAGUAUCACCAGAAGCGGUAGUAGCCGGCGAGAAAUCCACCGGUUUCGGCGCUCUCCUCAGGCAGCUACCGCCAAUCGCGUUUGCCUGCAUUGAUGAGGCCCACUGCAUCUCUCAGUGGUCGCACAACUUCCGACCUUCUUAUCUAAUGGUUUGCCGGGUGUUCAAGGAAAAAUUAAAGGUGAAAACGGUGUUGGGACUCACGGCGACUGCUACAAAAGCGACAGCGGAAAGUAUAAUAAGGCAUCUAGACAUACACGACGGUAUGGCUGGCGUCAUAUCAGACAUGCCCUUGCCAAGGAAUCUCGUCCUAACGGUAUCCAAGGACGAGUACAAGGACCAAGCUCUGAUCGCGUUGUUAAAAAGCGAGAGGUUCCGCGAAUGUGAUUCUGUAAUAGUUUACUGCAUCCGUAGGGAGGAGUGUGCAAGAAUCGCAGGAUUGUUAAGAGUAUCGCUGCAGGAUCCGCGGAAUCCUGAGAAACCGAACGUGAAGAUAUCCACAAUAGCUGAGGCCUACCAUGCCGGUAUGACGCCUCACAGGCGCAAAAUUGUGCAAAAGGAAUUUAUGAACGGGAAAAUUAAAAUUGUGGUUGCCACUAUCGCAUUCGGGAUGGGCAUCAAUAAGCCGGACAUCCGAGCCGUUAUUCAUUACAAUAUGCCUGGCACCUUCGAAGGAUAUGUACAAGAGGUCGGCCGUGCUGGAAGAGACAAUAUCGCAGCACAUUGUCAUUUGUUCUUGAAUCCUACGCAAGACAGCGAUAAAUGGGAGUUGCGUAGACACAUACACGCGAAUAGUGUCGACAGGCAUACGAUUAGACAUUUACUUCAAAGAAUUUUUAUUCCUUGUUCUUGUGCAAAAAUCAACGAGAAAAGUUCCGGCCAAAGAUGUCCCGGUCACGAAGUUGCUCUUCCGAUUGACGAAACUGUUCAAGCCCUUGACAUCACGCAGGAAACGAUUUCGACAUUGUUGUGCUAUCUCGAACUACACCCAAAAAAAUUCGUUACCGUGCUAUCAUCCGUGUACAUUCGAGCGCGGGUUUCAAGUUACAAAGGACCACAAGCUCUCAAACAAGCCGCACAAUCUUCUCCACCGCUCGCGAUGGCAAUAGCACUGGACACGAAAAACGGUAUUUCACAUGAAAAGAGUAAUAUCAUAGAAUUUCCGGUGAUUGACGUUGCAUCAGCUAUCGGAUGGGACAGCGGCGUAGUAAAAAGUCAUCUUAAGAGUUUAGAAUGGAAGACAGGAGCUGAUGGGAGGAUGAAACGUUCGGCUAUAUCUGUAAAAUACGAUAAACUCGGUUUACGAGUGAAAGCACCGGGCGAUCUCACAGACGUCGAACUAGAUGAGGCACUCGAUGCAUUGAUCGCACGCACUCAAACUCAGGAAUCUUCGUGUUUGCAGCAACUCGAGCUUAUAUCCUCUGCGCUCGAUAAAAUCAGUGUGUCGUCAAUCAAACAUUGCUCGGUCUUGGACGAUGAUAUUACGAAGAGAUCGGAGGAGCUCAAAGACACUAUCAGAGAAUACUUCCAAUCGGAUUCUUUAAAUAAUCACGAUAUCAAUUUUCAAAACAAACUGAUGAACGAGCAACAGAUUGCAAAUGAUGUCCGCAGUUUGAUAACACGUUAUAGGGAUACCAAGUUCACAGGUCGUGCCGUAGCUCGUAUCUUUCACGGAAUACAAAGUCCGAAUUAUUCUGCACUGAUUUGGCACAGAUGCCGUUUUUGGAGACUUCAUGUCGCUACAGAUUUUAACGCAAUUUGCAAAAUCGCGGCCAGAGAAAUUCUAGCGUUACGAUAAUGGAAUCAAUUGAAUUAACACAUUUAAUCCGAUCUUAUUAGUCGAACGCUCAGUUUUAAAUCAGAAUAAAUUUUCAUAAUCGAAAUAAAUCAGCGGACGCAAAGGUGUAUUUUAUCUAUGCUAUCGAACAUGUGUGAGUAAAGAUACAUAUAACCGAAUUUAUUUCAAUAUAUAUUGUAAGAGGCAAAAGUUAAUAUAAUUCUCCGUUUAGGAUUGUAAUUUGGUCUGGUUGCAGGAAGAAAGCAGAAGCUUUACAUAAUCAUUUAUUUUAUAUUUGUAAAUCCUGACUAAAAAAAUUUUAAUGAAAACUUUUUUACAAGACUGUAAUACAAAAAGGAACAAUAUAAAAUUGUUUUUUUUCAUA